AAAGCAUAUAUGCUAAAAACUGCCAUUAUGAGAAAAGAGAGGGGCAAAGUGUCGUUAACGCAAAAGUGAUAAAAGGGGGAAAAUCUUGUCGAGAUCAAAUCUUGAGUAGUAGUCUAGAACCUCGAUCUGAUCGAUUUUAGCUUCGUAAACAAUGCCCAUGACAGUGAUAGAAGUGGAAGCACCGAGCCCAAUGAGGUAUAUGAUGGGAGCAGCAGUAAUGAUGAUGGGGGUAGUAUUGCCACUUGCUUAUAUGAUGUUUAGGAACAAACGCGUUCCUUCCUCUUCUUCUUACUCUAAACAGACGUAGGAAUAAGGUUCUUAUAUAGACUUUAGAGGCAUACUGACAAUGAGCUUCUGGAAAGGAGAAGAGGGUGGCACCUCAGCAAUUCUUGUAAACGCAUUAACUUUCGUAUUUGGAUUGACAUCUCUUUAUUGUUAAUUUUUACUCAACGUUAGGAUUCUUGUUUCCCCUAGUUUAGUCUGUGUUUUCCGCUCAAGCUGGCUUAUCAGAUCAAAUAGAAAGGAAACCCACUUCUGCCUGUAUUCUUAUUAUCUCCUAUAUAUGGUGGAUUAUUGUUGUGAA